AUGGUGAACAGAUCGCUAUUUGAUAAAAUUACUGAAACUGACAUGAAUGAAGCGCGGCAAAAGGCGCUGCUUAAAGAGGAUGACUCACUCGGUCGUCAAGACCAAAGUCAGAUGUCCAAAAAAGACAAGGACAUAUUAAACACGUUGAAGCUAGGUCUAAACCCAGGAAGUUCUUCUGCUCCCACUAUGACGACAAUGGUGAACAGAUCGCUAUUUGAUAAAAUUACUGAAACUGACACGAACGAAGCGGAGCAAAAGGCGCUGCUUAAAGAGUCCACUCACACUCUGUCGUCGAGACCAAAGUCGGAUGUCCGAAAAAGACAAGGACAGAUUAAACACGUUGAAGCUACAUCUAAACCAAGAGUGAAGAUGGUGGGUGCCUCUUCUCUACCUGCACUUUGGAACUAG